UCCAUAUCAACAAACAGAAACAAAAAGAAGAAAAACCGUGACACGCAUAAACCCCAAACAAAGUCUUGUGUAAAAUAGUUGCGGCGAGAGUCGAAACAAGCAGUGAAGUAAGUGAAGAAUGGCGACGGAACUCGAAGAACUCGUGAGCUUCCUAUCUUCUCCAUCGCCACAGAUCACAAAAGCCGCCGUUGAUAUAGUUCGCGGAUUAACCGGCUCCGAUGAAGGCAUACAUUCCUUAUCCAAUCAAGCAAAUACCUUGGUUCCCUCACUCUCCCGUCUCUUAACGGCACCCAAGGAGGUUUCUGAGGCUGCUGCUGAAGCUCUUGUGAAUCUUUCGCAGAAUUCAAAUCUUGCGGCGGAAAUGGUUCGAAUGAGAAUAGUUGAAUCUACGAUGGAUGUCUUGUAUAAGCCGGAGUGUUGUGUUACUCGUUUGCUUGUUAUGCUUUUGGUUAAUCUCACUCAACUUGAUGCUGGUACUGAUUCCUUGCUUCAGAUUGAUGAUGAGAAGGUGCGUGGAUUAUAUGUUAUGAAGCUUGUGAGAUCAUUUUGUAGAACCACCCACGAGAAUAAUGAUGAUUCUUUUGAACAUGUUGGUUCCAUACUUGUUAACAUCUCAAAACAGCGGGCGGGGAGGGAGCUUCUACUCGACCCAAAACGAGGUCUCUUGAAGCAGAUAAUUAGACAGUUUGAUUCAAACAGUUCAUUGAGAAAGAAAGGGGUCUCUGGAACUAUUCGCAACUGUUGUUUUGAAGCUGAGAAUCAGCUACAAAAUUUGCUUUUGGUAUCAGAGUUUCUAUGGCCUGCAUUACUUCUUCCAGUAGCUGGAAACAAGAUAUACAGUGAGGAGGACAGAAAGAAAAUGCCUCUUGAACUUGGGAGUGCGCUUUCGAUCGAACGUGAACCAGUUAAUGAUCCGGAAAUCCGCACUCAAGUAUUGGAAGCCAUAUACUUGAUCUUAUUACAAGAGGCGGGUCGAAGAGCCUUUUGGUCUGUAAACGGGCCUAGAAUAGUACAAGUCGGUUACGAAGAUGAGGAAGAUCCAAAAGUGAUGGGAGCGUUUGAGCAACUAGGAUCCUUGUUGGUUAACGGCAGCGGUAUUGAGGAGGAACCAUCCAUUGAGACGACACAAUAGUUACUUUAUUUUUUUUCUAUGUACUCAAUACAUAUCUCCAUAAGAACUCUAGUAGUUGUGAAGGUUAUUCCAAGUCCAGUUUUCCAUUUUGAAUUUGGAAUAAUUCUUUUUAAAAUGUUUUUUAAAUGUGUAAAUUAUUGACUUAGAAUAGUUUGUCAGAAUUGUUGUAAACGCAAGAGUGGCAAAUACUCUUGAUGUUGAUAAAGUUCAGUUUACUCUUUCA